AUGUCAAUUAUCUUCUUAUUACCAAUGGAUUAUAUAUCACAUAACACAACUGAACAAUUGAUAUUGUUCAACUUGCCUGAUAAAGCCAUUUUAUAUAUUUGGAAAAUCAAUUAUUGGACAACUUUUAUCUUAACUUGGUUAAUAUUACCUAUGUUGCAAGAAUUCUAUAAAUCUGGUCAUCAAAAAGCUUUGGCUAAAUUAAAGGAUUCCAUCAAGCAGAAUAUCAAAUUUCAAUUAAUAAUGUUGGGUGUUUCAUUGUUGGGGAUGUUUUAUUUGAUUUUAGAAGUUGGUAUUACUACACUGCAUUUAAAGAUGAUGAUUAUUGCGUUGUCGCAUAUUUAUUCAUUGAUUAUUGCAACUUGGUUAAUGGGACAUGGAUUGAUUAGUAUCCCGAGGAAUAAAUGGAUUAGUGGGAGUGUUAUUAAGGAAUUGAAUUAUAAUUAUUUGAAAUUGCCUAAAUUAGUUGAUGAGUUAGAAGAUAUUAAGAUUACUUUUAGAGAACAAGUAUUAGUUGUGGUUGCACUAAAGAGAAAUUUCACCAGUGAUUCCGCAGAAGAUUUCAUGUACCGUGAUUGGAUACUUAAAUUAUAUGCAUCUAUUCCGGCGGAGAUCAAAGAAAAUGUUGAACGACAAUAUCUUCAUGAAAAUACACAAGUUGAUCGUCAUCAAUUGAAUGAUUCAUUUAUGACUAAAUUAGAUGCAAAUUUUAAUCUGAAUUUACAUCGAUUUAUAGGCUAUCAAUCAGAAUAUAACAACCUACUUUCAGCCAUUAUAAAACUUGAAGAUAUACUAAAUUCAACCAGUACCAAAACCUUGUCAUUCCGAAUCGACAACCAUAAAACCUUAUUAUCCCCUCGAUUAAACUUCAUCUAUCACUACCAUAUCCGACCAAUCUUCAACCGAAUAACAUCCAUACUAUUAGCAUUAAUCUCCUUUAUCAUCCUCCAAUCCGAAUUCUUCCAUUCAACAAACCUAUCCCUCCUCAACACCCUAAUCUAUUCCAAAUAUCCAAACAUAAUCCGAUUCCUUCUAUCAUCAUUAAUCUUUUCAUACAUGUUAUUCUGUGCCCUCAAUUCCUUAACCCAUCUCAAAAUAUUCAAUGUCUAUAAUCUAGUGCGUCGUGACUCAGAUCCGGUAUCGACAAGUUGGUAUACUACCUAUAUCGCCAGAUUAACCAUUCCAUUAUCAUACAAUUUCAUAACGAUGUUUGUAUCCCGGGAACUGAUUUUUGAGGAUUGGUUUGGGAAAUCAAUCCAUUUGACAGGGUUGUUUAAUUUAUUGAAUAAUUGGUUACCUAGACUCAUCUUGAUUCCGGUAUUGUUGGCUAUGUUUCAUGUAUAUGAGAAAUUGAAGAAACGAUUAGGGCUCACGGGUUAUGAUUCUAGUUGGGCCGGGUUUGAUGAUGAGACAGAAGGGGAGGAAGGAAGUGGUGAUGGCGGAGUGAAGAGGAAUGAUUUGAUUAUUGUGGAGGCGAAGAGGAUUGUGAAUCGGGAAUUGGCGAGACGGGAAAUGCAAUUAUUGAGACCAUUUCAAUUGGGUGGAACCAAUGAGAGUAAUCCGGAUUUGAAUUAUGAGAAUAAUAGAAGAAGAGAGUUUCAUGAUUUGGUGAGUAAUAAUAGUAAUAGGAUAGACUAUGACGAGGAGGAGAAUAUUGAACCUAGUCUGAUUAAUUAUUUCAACGGGACAAUCAUAACUGAUCCCUCUGCUCAGAGGAACAACGGUGGAAUCUGGGGUAGAAUUGGUAACACAUUUUCCGGAAUUAGAAAUAGUGUGAAUAAGACAUUUGGAAGACAGUCGUCGGUAUCUCCUAGUGUGAAUAGUAGCACUACUGGUGGAUAUAGAGAUAACUCAUUGGAUGAUUUUAAUUAUGAUGAUGAUGCAAAUGAAAAUUUAAUUGUAUAA